CUAAUCAAUUCUUACAGACCGUUGAUCAGUCACUACCACAAGGCACCUUCGACAACAACCUGAGCCUUGCCAAUCAGCCUGAACCAACCUUACCUUUUCAACCUUUUCAACCUUUUCAGCCUUUUCAGCCUUUUCAGCCUUUUCAGCCUUUCCAGUCUUUCCAGCCUUUCCAGCCCUGCCAGGCUCCUCAACAAACGGAUUUUAUAUUUCAACCUACCACUGUCAACCUUCCUAGCCGUAUCGAUCCAUCUCACUUUCCUUCCAUACACUCUCGACCCUUUCAGCCAAACAGGGGCCGUGUGAACCCGCACUAUAGACGACCCAACACUAUGAAUCCAUAUCAUGUACGUCCCAAUAUUGAUGUUGUAGACUUGACCGCCGAUGGUCCUACAAACAACAAUGUCUUUUCUUCUACGGACACAGUGCGAGGAUACCAGUACACCAAAGAAAUCUCUUUCAAAACCAUGAUAAAGGAUAUUUUCCCGGAUAUUUGCGAAACAUUCCUCAUGUUACUUUAUGCGCGGUACAUAGAUAGGAUUAGUGACGAAUUCAGCCUCCUUCAAAUAGCACACGAAGCAUUUGAUGAAAUCCUCAAUAUGAGACCUUCAUAUCCAAAAGAGGUUGUGAAAAAGCGCCGACGAAUUGGAGACAAUGAAGAAAAUAGUGACGGUGAAGAGGAAGAAGAUGGAUUAUAUAUUGCACGGAGCAAACGUGAUGGGACUUAUUCCCUGGAGGCAAUCAGAAUACUCGCAGCUGAGUUCCCCUUUUUACAAUUCGCAGUUGUCCGUCGCCAGUUCGUUCUCCACCAGUCCUUGGAAGCCGCAUAUCAAGCACUUCAUACGAUUAACCAUUCGGAGAAUCCCGAUCCAUCAAUACGAUUGCGUCGUGCGCGGCCGCGACAUGAAAUAAAUCUACCCGGUCCUAUGAGACGUGAAUUGGAUAGGGCUAGAAAGGGUAUUGCUGACAAAGAAGCCGCCAAGAAAGUAGAGGAAGAUGAGAGAAUCAACGAAGAAAAAUAUCGUAACGCCGGCACAUUAAUCGACUGCCAGUGCUGCUUCUCCGAGAUCGCACCCAAUAGAAGCCUUCCCUGCGAGAACGACAAUAUGCAUUUCUUCUGUUUCCAAUGCGUUAUAACUGGAGCCAAGACAAAGGUCGGACAGAUGAAGUACGACCUGCAUUGCUUUGACGUGAGCGGAUGCAAAGCAGGGUUCAACAAGAAGCUUCUGACAAUGGUAAUCGGCGACAAACUCAUGAAAAAGCUCGAAUACUUGCAGCAACGCGAUGAAAUUUCUCAGGCCCACAUCGAGGGACUGGAGGAAUGUCCCUUUUGCGAUUACAUAGCUAUAUGCCCGUCUGUGGAUGAAAACAAGGAGUUUAACUGCGAAAACCCGGAUUGUGAAAAAGUGAGUUGUCGGUUAUGUCGACACGAAACGCACAUCCCGCAAACAUGCGAUGAAGCGAAAAAGGAGAGGGGCGUUCCUGAACGCCGCGUUGUCGAAGAGGCAAUGACCCAAGCCCUAAUCCGGACAUGCCCCAAAUGCAAAGUUGCCAUCAUUAAGGAAGACGGCUGCAACAAGAUUCAAUGUAGAUGCGGUACAUUGAUCUGCGAUGUGUGCAAGGAGGACAUUACAAAAGUCGGAUACAACCAUUUCGCACCUCAUCGCGGUGCAAAGUGUCCACCAAACGAGAUUGAUUACGGCCAUCACCGCCAGCGGGAUGAAGUCAAGCGAGCCGAGAAGGAAGCUGUUGAUAAGAUUCUUGCUACAAACGGGGAAAUCAAGCCUGAGUACCUGCAAAUAAAAAACAAGGACGCAGCUGAAUCGUUGAGUCGUGAGAGACCUCGAGCUGGAAGGGGCGUUGCAUACCUUGGGCAGCCAUUACGACAACACAAUGUUCAAGAUAUGAGGCUGCCACAUGUCGAUUGGCAUCCUAGACCCCUGCCAAUGAUGAAUCAACCCGCGCGUUUACCCGUUGAAGCAUAUCCGCUGGACCGCAUCGCUUUCGCACCACAUCCUCUUCAGCCAGGACCUCCUCAGCCACUGGAAGAACAUCCACGCCUCAGGUUCAUGCGAGAAACUAUGGCCGCUAGAAGGCAGGCUGCACCCUCACAGACAGGAAACUUACAGAUGGGGGGACUACGAGAAAACCAUGCCCCGGUACCCGAUCGUUUUCCUGUUUUUCCUCCUUUUCCUCCCUUUCCUACUGAUGAGUUAAGAGCUCUCAUGACGCAGCUGGAACAACAAACAGAUCGACUGCAACGACAACGGCAACAAUACGAACUGCAUCAACAAGAAGAACAACUGUAUCGACAGCGAACUGAAAUGUAAUGACCCUGUAACUGAAUGCCAAAUACACGACACUAUCUUUGGACGAUCCGAUUCUUAUAUAUAAUCCAGGCUUGGCAUACUUUCUAAAUUGCAUAGUAUUGGAUGCUUAUUGUUAUCACUGACAUCAUUUCUUUCAUAUGACUUAUAUUUAUUUUGAUUGUUCUCACUCCACAUCCUUUGCAUUGGGGUACAAAUUGCACACGGUUGUUUGAUAUGAUUCCCACUGCGUUGAAGGCGCUCAUAAUGUUUAUUUCACUUUUGUUUGAUCGAUCAACAUGGCUCGUCAAGACAGAUGAAUAUAUUGUAAUAAGCCACAAAUCAGAGCAUAUAAUAUAAUU